CUCCACUUCCCCUCUGUUUCUUCAUCAUAUAUAUCCAUCUCCCUUUCUCUCCCUCUCUCGCUCUGUCUAUCUUGCUUCCCGUUCCUCUGAUAUCCUUUCUACCAUCACCUUUAGACAUUCUACCCAGAAACCCACCGCCAUGGCUUCGAAACAACAACUCCGCACCACGGUCACCGACCUCCUGAAGAUUAACCACCCCAUCCUGCUUGCAGGAAUGAACGUGGCAGCGGGCCCAAAGCUCGCAGCGGCUGUCACUAACGCCGGCGGACUGGGUGUCAUUGGCGGCGUCGGCUACACGCCCGACAUGCUGCGAGAGCAGAUCGCCGAGCUGAAGUCCUACCUCAACGAUAAGAGCGCUCCCUUUGGUGUUGAUCUCCUGCUUCCGCAGGUUGGUGGAUCUGCACGAAAGACAAACUACGAUUACACAAAGGGCAAACUCGACGAGCUCGUAAGCAUCAUCAUCGAUAGCGGCGCCAAGCUAUUUGUUUCCGCGGUCGGAGUUCCCCCGAGACAUGUCGUCGAGCGUCUGCACAAGGCCGGCGUGCUAUACAUGAAUAUGAUCGGCCACCCGAAGCACGUCAAGAAGUGUCUUGAUCUCGGCGUCGACAUCAUCUGCGCGCAAGGAGGCGAGGGCGGCGGCCACACCGGCGAUGUUCCCACCACGGUCCUGAUCCCCGCGGUCGUCAAGCUGUGCGAGGGCAAGACCAGUCCUAUGACCGGCAAGCCAGUCCAAGUUAUCGCCGCGGGAGGUAUCUACAACGGACAGACCGUCGCCGCUGCGCUGAUGCUGGGCGCCAGCGCAGUAUGGGUCGGCACGAGAUUCAUCCUCACGGACGAAGCAGGAGCGCCCAAAGCGCACCAGGAAGCCGUGCGGACCGCGGGCUUCGACGACAAUGUGCGCACGAUCAUCUUCACGGGCCGCCCGCUGCGCGUCCGCAACAACCCCUAUAUCCAGAACUGGGAGGAGAACCGAUCGCAGGAGAUCAAGGAGUUGACUAGCAAGGGCGUUAUCCCCGUCGAACAUGAUUUCGAGACCCUGGGUGAUGAUAUUACGGAUGAUAUGAUGGACCAAGCCCGCCCCUUCCUAAUGGGCAAAGCCUCCGCCGUCGUCAACGAGAAGAAGAGCGCGAAAGCCGUAGUCGACGAGCUAGUCACCGACGCCGUAGCUUGGAUCAAGAAGGGCGAGAAGUUGAUCGCCAAGCUAUAAUGUAAAUAAUAUAAUCAAUAAAUCCCUUGACGGGAUAUCAAGGGGGAUGAAACGGGUGG